AUGAACCGAAACUCCAACAAAUCAAGAAUAGCCAAAAUCAAGAGCACACGAUCUAGAGACUCUGCUGCUGUCCCGUCACCAAGAACUGAGCGUGAUCGACACACCCAUUUGAGAGCUAGAAAUGGACCAGCUGUGAAUCAAAAUACCCACUAUGCUCCUAUUGUUUCACCAGCCGGAAGAAAGAAUAGACGUCAAGUUCAACAGGAAAGAGCAGCGAAUGCACGUAGAGGUCUACGAGAGAAAUAUAAAGAUAGACAACGUGCUGCCGCCAAUGUUCCAGCAAAUGUGGCUCCAGCAGCUCCUGCGGCUCCAUCAUCUCAUGCGGGUCAAUCAGUCGCCGAUCCCUCGAUUACUCGACGAAGACGUGCCUCUGCUCUACGGUCUCCGGUGGCUCCAGUUUUGACGCGUCGUCGUGCGACAUCUCGGCCAGAUCCACGCUCAGCUUCACGCUCCACUCCACUGUCGGCUCCACGGCCAGCUCCGGCUACUGCAACUUCCCGUCCAUCUGCCCCUCGUCGUUCGGCUCCAGUUCCAUCAGUUCCGCCUACAGCCCCUGCACCACCAAUCGCACGACAAACUUCUAUGGGCGAUCAGGAGGCGAUGAUUGCACUCAUCGGACAAUCUAUGCAUCCCACACGAGCAGCUGUCAAACAGCUAAGGGUCAAAACAACAAAUGGAGGACAGGGAUCGACUUCUGAUGCGCCAGCCCCCAAAAAGCCACGGAUGACUGCAGUACAGCAACAGUCAAAAAAAGACAGAGGAGGCAAGAAAUGA